GGCCAGUAAUGAUGGCGUCAAAAAAUCAAGGUAGUCUCAUGUGGACUGGGCUAGUGGGCAGUCGCUUUUUUGUUUAUUUAGCGACUAUUUGGGUCAAGGUUAAAAAAAAAGACUGUCGAUCUAUAAUCGAUAUUUGAAUUUUUGUAUAAUUUUAUUGGAACGUAUUUUUUUAUGUGAAAAUGAAAAUUUUCUUUUUUCUAGAUAAUUCCUUUUUUAAUGGUUUUUCCAUACCAGUCAUCGCAUGGCUGAGCUCAAGUGCAAUUAUGUCACAUGGGCCUCAGGGAUUGGUUGUUGGCUUAUUAAAAUGAUUGUACUGCUGUAUCUCAUGGCAGACACUUCCCAUAGCUUAUGAAAUUCUCUGUUUAGCAUCCUGUAUACAUAAACGAGUUGAGUGCCGAAGGUGGUUUAAUGUAAAUCGUACUGUGGAGGUGUUGGGGCCGAAUUGUGUCAUCUGUGAUUCCUCUUCAAUCAUGAUUCGAGUCGUCCUGGUGACUUUGGCUGUUCUGAUCAUCGGGAAGCAGAACGUUGAUUCCUGGGAACAAGGAGGCAAGAGGAAGGAAGAAAAAAGUAUUCUUUGGGCUGGUGACUCAUCUUUCGGGACUUCGAGUCCUGGAUCGGUUCCUUUGUUUUUGUUGCAUUUGCUGAAGAAGAAAUUGAAGUACCAAAUAAUUCAGAGAGUUACGACUACUGUGUCGCCUGUACCAUCGUGCAUAUGUGUUCCAUAUUAUAUAUGUGAUUCCAAUAAUGUUAUUAUUACUGAUGGAAUUGGAGUGAUCGAUAUUCGGUAUCGUAGGUGUACUGGAGAUUUGGAAGUUUGUUGCCGGUUGCCCAAUGCUACCACGUGGACUCCUCAACCAAUUCCUACUGGGAUUCCGACUGGUAUACCUACUAUGCGACCGACUAUGUUUCCAACGAUGCCACCGACUAUGCCUCCAACAAUGGUACCAAUUAUGCCUCCAACUAUGCCACCGACUAUGCCUCCAAUUGUGCGACCAACGAUGCCACCGACUAUGCCUUCACCUAUGCCUCCAACAAUGGUACCAAUUAUGCCUCCAACGAUGCCACCAACUAUGCCACCGACUAUGCCUCCAAUUGUGCGACCAACGAUGCCACCGACUAUGCCUUCACCUAUGCCUCCAACAAUGAGUGCCUGCUACUGCGUGAAAACCUGGCAGUGCGAUGCAAAUAGAUUCAUCAUCGUAUCUGGAGCCGGAAGUAUAGAUCCCAGGUUCCCCACAGGACGUCAACGUCAAAACUGCAAAGUGUGCUCCGCUGCCGACGAGAUUUGCUGCAGAUUUCCACCAACCGGUCAGGACUCUGGACUUGGAUUUCCUACAGGAUUUCCUCCCGCUACCGGAAAUACCUUGGGACCAAUACGAAAUCCCGGAACACCACAGGAGUGCAUCUGCGUAAAGACUUGGCAGUGCUCCGACGGAAACGCCGUAUCAGUCGAUGGCAGUGGCAUAGUGGAUCCUAGAUUUGGAAUCUGUUCGGUCGCUGACGAGAUCUGCUGUCGUUCUCAAGGAAUCAGCACAAUGUCCUCUCCCCUUCUCAUUAACUCCAGAGAGAUUCUAAUAGUCUCUCAAAACGGAAACGUUGAACAGGCAACCUGUGGUAUCCGUGGUACCACCUAUACUUCCGGUCUAUCAAGACCCAGUAACUCUGGUGAGACCUACUUCGCCGAAUUCCCAUGGAUGGCAGCACUCCUCGGUCGACAGACAAGUGGCUCUCUUCUCUUUCAAUGUGGUGCUUCUCUACUAAAUUCCAAGACUGUCCUGACUGCCGCUCACUGCGUUACCAAUCGAGAUCCGAGUACCCUGGUUGUUCGGGUAGGCGAAUGGGACACUCAAAAUAACAACGAGCCACUUCCGUUUCAGGAAGCAAAUGUAUCCAUGCUAGUUGCCCAUCCGCAAUUUUACAGUGGCGGCCUCUACCACGAUGUGGCUAUUGUCAUAUUGAAAACACCUGUCUACUAUGCUGCCAAUGUCAUGCCAAUAUGUUUACCACAACAGGGUAUGACUGUUGCAGCUGGUACUCGGUGCUUUGCCACUGGCUGGGGCAGCAAUGCCUUUGGUGCUCAGGGCAAGUAUCAGGCUAUUCUACGACAGGUUGAUCUUCCCAUUGUUGAAAGAUCAGAAUGUCAGGCGCGGUUGAGAACAACCAGAUUGGGUCAGUACUUUCAACUUCAUGGAAGCUUCUUAUGCGCUGGCGGAGAACCAAGUAAGGAUACCUGUCAAGGUGAUGGCGGUGGUCCUCUAGUGUGUCCUGAUGCCAAUGGCCAAUACAUUCAGGUACAUUUUUGUCUCUACUAGCUUGCACGCCUAUACAGUUUUUGUAGAAUUCAAUUUUAAUUCUUUUUGUCAGGCUGGUAUUGUUUCCUGGGGUAUUGGCUGCGGUGCGUCCAGUACACCUGCAGUGUAUGCUAGUGUCUCUCAGCAUCG